AUGGGGGCUAACGUGGAUACCGUCCACAUCUCCAUCCUUCCCCUCCCCAGGUAUCCCCCAGACGAGUCCCGUGAGGAGGCCAGUACGGUCCCUACCCUCCAGUCCCAGAGGCUGUAUGACAGCCAGGUGCAGACACCCGCCCCAGACCAGCUAGGGGAUGAGGCUGGAUCAGAAGGUCCCCCAUGUGAUCAGGUUCGACUGGAGUCUGGAGGCAGAACCCUUCAACGACCUGGUCUUUUGGCUGGAACCGUCAUGAGGGCCCAGAGAGAACCCUUCAACGACCUGGUCUUUGGCUGGAACCGUCAUGAGGUGGCCCAGGUAAACCAGCAGAUAUGUGAGAUAGAUAAACACAGGCUGUACCGUGAUCAGGUUCCGUCUGAGUCUGGAGUAGAACCCUUCAACGACCUGGUCUUUGGCUGGAACCGUCAUGAGGUGGCCCAGGUUGAAGGAGACCCUGUCGUGUUGAAAGCUGAUGGUUUCCCCCACCUAUCACCUGCUAACGUAGUAGACGACCACCUGAUGAAGGUCAGCCACGUCCUGAGAGGAUCAGAGUGGCUCAUCUCUACCUCCAAACACCUGCUGCUGUACAGGGCUCUGGGCUGGAAGCCCCCGGUGUUCGGACACCUUCCUCUCCUCCUCAACAGAGAUGGCAGUAAGCUCUCCAAGAGACAAGGAGAUAUCUACAUACAGAGUUUCCAGAGGAGUGGGGCCCUACCUGAAGCACUACUGGAUAUCACCACACACUGUGGAUCUGGCUUCAACAGUAAGAGGGGAGGGAGGGACCUGGACAAACUACCUAGGGAGUUUAACAAGUACACUACCUGUCUGUCUGACUCUGCCCUGCUAGACCUGGACAAACUACCUGAGUUUAACAAGAUCCACCUGCAGCAGCGUAUCGAUGACGCGGUGCAACGCGAUUGGCUGGUGAGGGAUCUGCAGGGGCGGAUCCAGGAAGUGUACGGGACACAAGUCCAGGAUCAGGAUGUUCUGCAACCAGAUUACAUCACACGGGUUCUACACCUGCGCAAGGGUCAUAUCUCCUCUGUGUCUGAUCUGGUGUCCUCAGAGUAUUCCUACCUUUGGGUUCGACCUUCUUUCUCUGACCAACAGAUGGCAGAACUCAGCUCAGAGACACAACACAUCGCUACUCUGGUCAUACGGUUGAUGGAAGGUCUGAAAGGAGGUGAGGAACUGACAGUCGACCAGCUCAGUGUAGAACUGAAGACUCUGGCUAAGAAGACCAGCAACACUAAAUACAGAGAUGUUAUGAAGAUUAUACGACUGGCCCUCAGCGGACUACAGGUAGGAGAGAGACUGUCCCUCAGCGGACUACAGGUAGGAGAGAGACUGUCCCUCAGCGGACUACAGGUAGGAGAGAGACUGGCCCUCAGCGGACUACAGGUAGGAGAGAGACUGGCCCUCAGCGGACUACAGGUAGGAGAGAGACUGGCCCUCAGCGGACUACAGGUAGGAGAGAGACUGUCCCUCAGCGGACUACAGGUAGGAGAGAGACUGGCCCUCAGCGGACUACAGGUAGGAGAGAGACUGGCCCUCGGACUACAGGUAGGAGAGAGACUGGCCCUCGGACUACAGGUAGGAGAGAGACUGGCCCUCGGACUACAGGUAGGAGAGAGACUGGCCCUCAGACUACAGGUAGGAGAGAGACUGGCCCUCAGCGGACUACAGGUAGGAGAGAGACUGGCCCUCAGCGUACUACAGGUAGGAGAGAGACUGGCCCUCAGCGGACUACAGGUAGGAGAGAGACUGGCCCUCAGCGGACUACAGGUAGGAGAGAGACUGGCCCUCGGACUACAGGUAGGAGAGAGACUGGCCCUCGGACUACAGGUAGGAGAGAGACUGGCCCUCAGACUACAGGUAGGAGAGAGACUGGCCCUCAGCGGACUACAGGUAGGAGAGAGACUGGCCCUCAGCGGACUACAGGUAGGAGAGAGACUGGCCCUCGGACUACAGGUAGGAGAGAGACUGGCCCUCGGACUACAGGUAGGAGAGAGACUGGCCCUCAGACUACAGGUAGGAGAGAGACUGGCCCUCAGACUACAGGUAGCAGAGAGAGAAAGGGGGAAGGGAGAGAGACUGGCCCUCAGACUACAGGUAGGAGAGAGACUGGCCCUCAGACUACAGGUAGGAGAGAGACUGGCCCUCAGACUACAGGUAGGAGAGAGACUGGCCCUCAGACUACAGGUAGCAGAGAGAGAAAGGGGGAAGGGAGAGAGACUGGCCCUCAGACUACAGGUAGGAGAGAGACUGGCCCUCAGACUACAGGUAGGAGAGAGACUGGCCCUCAGACUACAGGUAGGAGAGAGACUGGCCCUCAGACGACUACAGGUAGGAGAGAGACUGGCCCUCAGACGACUACAGGUAGGAGAGAGACUGGCCCUCAGACUACAGGUAGGAGAGAGACUGGCCCUCAGACUACAGGUAGGAGAGAGACUGGCCCUCAGACGACUACAGGUAGGAGAGAGACUGGCCCUCAGACGACUACAGGUAGGAGAGAGACUGGCCCUCAGACGACUACAGGUAGGAGAGAGACUGGCCCUCAGACUACAGGUAGGAGAGAGACUGGCCCUCAGACUACAGGUAGGAGAGAGGGAGGCGGAACAGAGACAGACGGCGAAUAAGAAAGCACCACAAUGACAGUGUGGAUAAAAAAACAGAAGUUGUGUUUGAUUGCUGUCCUGUCAAAUGAUUGCAACAUGAUUGUCACAGCUCUUAAAAAGGAUGUUUCUUCCUCAUCCAUCUGUCUCUCGCUCUCUCUCUCUCUCUCUCUCUCUGUCUCUCUCUGUCUCUCUCUGUCUCUCUCUGUCUCUCUCUGUCUCUCUCUCGCUGUCUCUCUCUGUCUCUCUCUCGCUGUCUCUCGCUGUCUCUCGCUGUCUCUCGCUGUCUCUCUCUGUCUCUCUCUGUCUCUCUGUCUCUCGCUGUCUCUCGCUGUCUCUCGCUGUCUCUCUCUCUCUCUCUCUCGCUGUCUCUCGCUGUCUCUCGCUGUCUCUCUCUCUGUCUCUCUCUCUGUCUCUCUCUCUGUCUCUCUCUCUGUCUCUCGCUGUCUCUCUCUCUCUGCAGCAAGGCCCCAGUGUAGCGGAGAUGAUGGUAUCGUUGGGGCCCAGUGAGAUCACACAUCGCUUCAACAGAGUUCUACAGCAGCACUGAACAUUGUGAUGAGUCCCAAAGGGCACCCUAUUACCCAUACAGUGCACUACUGUUGUCCAGGGUCCUAUAGUGCACUACUGUUGUCCAGGACCCUAUAGUGCACUACUGUUGUCCAGGGCCCUAUAGUGCACUACUGUUGUCCAGGACCCUAUAGUGCACUACUGUUGUCCAGGACCCUAUAGUGCACUACUGUUGUCCAGGGCCCUAUAGUGCACUACUGUUGUCCAGGACCCUAUAGUGCACUACUGUUGUCCAGGACCCUAUAGUGCACUACUGUUGUCCAGGGCCCUAUAGUGCACUACUGUUGUCCAGGGCCCUAUAGUGCACUACUGUUGUCCAGGGCCCUAUAGUGCACUACUGUUGUCCAGGACCCUAUAGUGCACUACUGUUGUCCAGGGCCCUAUAGUGCACUACUGUUGUCCAGGACCCUAUAGUGCACUACUGUUGUCCAGGACCCUAUAGUGCACUACUGUUGUCCAGGGCCCUAUAGUGCACUACUGUUGUCCAGGGCCCUAUAGUGCACUACUGUUGUCCAGGGCCCUAUAGUACACUACUGUUGUCCAGGGCCCUAUAGUGCACUACUGUUGUCCAGGGCCCUAUAGUGCACUACUGUUGUCCAGGACCCUAUAGUGCACUACUGUUGUCCAGGACCCUAUAGUGCACUACUGUUGUCCAGGACUCUAUAGUGCACUACUGUUGUCCAGGGCCCUAUAGUGCACUACUGUUGUCCAGGACCCUAUAGUGCAUUAUUAUCCGUAUGAGUCCCAAAGGGCACCCUAUUCCCUCUCGCAGCAACACCUGAAGACAAGGUUGUAAUCAUUUGUUACCAAUCAAGAGAGAAAACAGACUGAAACCGGGAGGGGCUGCUUGAACUUGUCCAAUAAUAAAAACGUUAAUUUUCGUAUUCCGCCACAAAACGUUUUGCUACUUUGUGCCCUAAUGAAUAUGACCCUGGUUCAUUAUUCUAUCUGGUUAUCUGGUUCUAACACAGCAACACUGAGGACUGGUUAUCUGGUUCUAACACAGCAACACUGAGGACUGGUUAUAAUAUAUAAUAUAAUAAUAUAUGCCAUUUAGCUGACGCUUUUAUCCAAAGCGACUUACAGUCAUGUGUGCAUACAUUCUACGUAUGGGUGGUCCCGGGAAUCGAACCCACUACCCUGGCGUUACAAGCGCCAUGCUCUACCAACUGAGCCACAGAAGGACCACGAACCAGGAUCUGGUUCUAACACAGCAACACUGAGGACUGGUUAUCUGGUUCUAACACAGCAACACUGAGGACGGGGUUAUCUGGUUCUAACACAGCAACACUGAGGACUGGUUAUCUGGUUCUAACACAGCAACACUGAGGACUGGUUAUCUGGUUCUAACACAGCAACACGGAGGACUGGUUAUCUGGUUCUAACACAGCAACACUGAGGACUGGUUAUCUGGUUCUAACACAGCAACACUGAGGACUGGUUAUCUGGUUCUAACACAGCAACACUGAGGACUGGUUAUCUGGUUCUAACACAGCAACACUGAGGACUGGGUUAUCUGGUUCUAACACAGCAACACUGAGGACUGGUUAUCUGGUUCUAACACAGCAACACUGAGGACUGGUUAUCUGGUUCUAACACAGCAACACUGAGGACUGGUUAUCUGGUUCUAACACAGCAACACUGAGGACUGGUUAUCUGGUUCUAACAAUAUUCCUGGACUGCAUAUGAUCUCAAUCACACUGGACUUGUAAAGGACAUUCAGUCAAGUUGAACUGGAAAUGUUUGCAAUAAAACAGUUUCUACUAAUGA